AUGCAGGCGGGGGCAGCGCAGGAUAUUAUAUCGCUGAUUGCCGAUCUAAGUAAGCCUCAACGAGGAAGUCAAAGCUUGAGCGGCAGGCGCGAAGCGAAUGCUGGCGGGUGCGUCGUUGUUGGAGACGGAUGGGUGGAAUCACUUCGGGUGGUGAUCACCUCAUGCACAGCAGAUGAUAUCGCAAUGCUGUAG